CACAGUGUCUUCGAAAGCCUGGCCAAGUACUGUGAAAAGUUCACGGACCUGAUCCCGCUGUCAUUCGUGCUCGGCUUCUACGUGUCCAUCGUCGUCGGCCGCUGGUGGCAGCAAUACAUGAAUAUACCCUGGCCCGACAAGGCGGUGAUGGCCAUAGCAGCUUACGUGAACGGCACUGACGAGCGUGGUCGUGUAAUCCGGCGCACGAUGGCCCGCUACCUGUCUCUCCUGUCAGCACUCACUUUCCAAGCCAUCAGCACGGCUGUCAAAAAACGCUUCCCAACGCUCGACCAUAUGGAGGAAGCUGGCCUGAUGACCAAGGAGGAGCGGCGCGUGUACGACUCGAUCCCGGUGGCCCACGGCAAAUGGUGGGUGCCGGCGCAGUGGUUCGUCGCGCUGGCCGUCCGUGCCCGCAAGGAAGGACGCAUCAAGGAUGACAUCCUGCUCAAGCACCUGCUCCAGGAGAUGCACGAGUUCCGUGGCUGCUGCGGCAUGCUGUACAGUUACGACUGGAUCAGCAUUCCCUUGGUCUACACGCAAGUGGUGACGCUGGCCAUCUACACCUACUUCCUGGCCACUGUCAUGGGCCGCCAGUACCUCAGUUCUACGAGUGCAGAGAUUGACCUGUACAUCCCGGUCUUCACCAUCCUGCAGUUUUUCUUCUACAUGGGCUGGUUAAAGGUGGCAGAACAACUCAUAAACCCGUUUGGUGAAGACGACGAUGAUUUUGAACUGAACUGGUGCCUCGACAGAAACCUGCAGGUAUCAUUUCAAAUUGUUGACGACAUGCACCAGCGACACCCCCGGUUGGUGCGUGAUAUCUACUGGGAUGAGGCAGAGCCGCAGCUUCCUUACACCAAGUCCUCGGUGAACCUCCGCACUCAGCCACACCUGGGUUCAGCCAUGACCCUCGAUGUGGACCCCGAGGAGUCCGAGUUCGUUCCCAUGGAGACCAUCCUGGAGGAGGACCACGACGAACACAAGUACUCGAGCCCGCCAACGUCGCCGCCAAAUGCGGCAGAUGUGCCACCGGUGCCCGGGCCACUCGGCUCCCAUUUCUACCACAUGCCGCUGCACCUUCAGCCAUCGGAGUGUGCACCACCGUCCACCAUUUCGAAUCACCUGCUUGACAGCCCACUCAUCACGACUCGCCACACCUCUGACAACACCACACAGACAGGACUGCGGAUCCUAAGCACGGGCAGUCGUCUUCUCAACUUCAUCAUCGGCAGCAGCAACGACAACCUGCCGCAAUCACCCAAGGUCAAAGAGCACCCGCUCGUGCCGCACUUUGUAUCACGGCCACAACUGAGCCGACGCACCGCGCGGACUGUGUCCCUCUGUGAGGGCCUCGACCACCGCAGCCACGAGUUCGCAGUUGAGGAACGCCGGUCGCUGCUGCGUGGAGAUGACAGGCCAACCAUCAAGGAGUCAGUGCCAACGUCGGUCAUUGUUGACUUGGCAGCACCUACCACGACCUUUGAGGAAGCAAAACAGACUGAGGAAUCGCAGCACGACAAGAAAAUGGAAGAGCAGCCAGAGCCAUCACCGUACGAGCCAAACAGUUCGACCGAGAGCCUGGCCGAAAACAGUCAGUGCAGUGCCGACAGCUACACUCAGUUGUUGCCCCCGUAAUGUGCAGGUAGUGACAUUAGUCAGUUUGUCACGCUGGCAGGUUUGUAAGCAUGUGGUCACAAAAUCGACAACCACCAUGACACAAGUCUGCACAUGACCUGUCAUGACAAACAUUUUGCACUCGCCAGACAUAAAGAAUCUGACGCUGAAAAAAUUCGAAGACACUGCAGCAUAACCUGCAUGACCUACUGCUGCACAGAAACGACUCUCUCAUCAGCCUCUGUCAUGCUGUGAGAGCAGUUGUGGCCCUGAAUCGUUCAGAAAGUGUCCCUAUGGGCUUGCAGUGCAGAGAGGUCACACUCGUGAUGCUGAAAGCUGGUAACUCAAUCGUUGGAAUGUGUAAAAAUUAUGUCAUCCACUUUCAAAAGGAUCCCCGCUGAUCUUUCAAUAGUGCAGAAAGAGAACAGCGCCCUCAGCCACGUGUUGUGUGCUCUGCGUAGUUACAUGCAGGCAAGCUGUCGAGGAGACAGAGCAAACGUAAAGGCAAAUGCUGUUUGAUUCACUCCUGCAACCCUUUGCAAAGGGACUAGGCAAAACAAGGUAAACAAGCGAAACCUCUACUGCGUGCAAAUUUCUCACUGUGCGUGUGAUGGAGGCUUUCAGCGUGGCAAGUUAAGUGAGACCCCUGCCUAGGAAGGCUCAACUUAUGCACAAUGAAUUGCUGGCAAUGAAAAAAGGAGCUUGCACAUGAAGACAGACAUGGUGUUUUGUAUCUACAAGUCAAGAAAUGAAGAGGCACAGUACAUGUGCUCUGGGACAACUCGUACGAAUGCAUUCUCAGCACUAAUAUGCAAGUGCUUUUGAGCACUAACACAUGUGUAAGUGUUCUCAGUGGGCGACGGAAAAGCAGGUAAUGCGUGCAAAAACUGUUACGCCAGUCCUUCGUGAAGGGUCACAUUUCCAGUGAAGUGCCACAGCCGCACUUAACGACUCAACCCACCGAAACAUCAAUCAGCCCGAGACAAGUCGUUCUCGACAAACCGGCUCAGUGAAUGACUGUGUGUUAAUCGCUCGUCGACUUCAAGGAGCAGAUCUAAUGCGAGAGGUCUGUCAGGUGAUAUUUUUUUGCAUAUGAAAGCGCGCAGUUGUUUGUGAUUAUUUAAGCUGUGUGGAGACUGUGGUGGAUGUGUUGUGAUGUGCACUAGAUCGUGACUCAGUUCUCAGAAACAGAAAUAUUUUUUUUAUUUUCAUUCAGUGGAACAUUUUACUAUCACUAAAGAUAUGGAGAAAAAUUUUUUGUUGCUGCUGAAAUUGUGGCACAUUUCCUGCUAAACUAACGUGUCAGCUUCCUGUAUAUGUGCACCUGAUCCUGCUUACAUGGGUGUUCCGGUGAACUGUGGCUUGGUUUCACAAACUGUGGACUCUUGUGAGCAUCACAAACAUUGUUUUCAUGCUAUUUUUCCACAAAGAUGUAUAAUUCAACCAUUGUGCCGCCUGUGCGACCGGUGAAAUCACCGGUGAAAUUGACCGAAGCUGCUUCAUGUCGGUAGACACGAAGAAGCAAGUGAUCAUGCGUGUUUCGUACAGCUUCACCGUCAAGUUAUGCUUGUAAGGAGCGUGGUGCGAGGUCGACACGACAGCCUGCAAGAGUGAGCUACAAGACCAGUUUUGCGUGCGUGUGUGAGGGUGAUUCAGUCAUCAGAAUGUUGCGAGUGGGUGAGUCAGUUUGAGCAGCAACAUACCUACAUUGAUUUGAAGCAUCCAGUAAUCAAAGCCUUUGCAAGUCAAUAGCACAUCUUUGGCAUCCUCAAGGCAAGGGAAUUGUCAGAGGAGCCACUGUCAAUGCUGCAGAUCAUCACAUAAAAUACGGGAUGGUGACAUCCCCGUUGGUGUUAGUGGUGAAGCUGUCUGUACUCACCAGCAGCUUCGACGUCAGACGGCUCUGAAGCACAUCCUCCAACAUUUCCUGCAGGCAAACGGCAAUUUACUGCCACAGCGUUUCACCUGUUCUUAACUUGCAAGGUUUCGGAUGCUGAAGACUUCUCAUGGUUGAGCUUUUACAACAUGCACUUAAUAGUUGCAAUGUCCUAGGGUGUUAAUUUAUUUUGGAGCGAGCAUUGACACUCUUCCCCCCAUUUACAGGGUCUUGGGUGUUGUCCUCUGUCUUGCUUCCUUUCCUACACCAACGCAGAAGCUGUCAGAGAAGGAAAAUAAAGCCAUCUUGGUUGGCAGUUUUAAUGCUGCGUAAUGUCUCUAAAAACGCGAGGUCUCACACUUGCUGGUGAGAGAUUGACAUAGCUCUGCUAAGUUAUUUAUAUGUGAGACACAGAGUGGCACAGUCAUUCUAUAUGACUAGAUUUUUUUCCAAGCUGCUAGCGCUGCGAAGUGUAUAUGAUUUGGUGGAAAGACUAGAGAGCGGUGUAACUGCAGGAAGUGGGCAGUUUUGCUGUGCACAACAGGAUCGAUGCCUGCAAUGCAUCUCUCUAUAGCUGUAGCUGUUCAGCAUGAGUUGAACAGACCAUGGACAUGUGUUUCACAAGCGGGGCUUUGUUCCCUGCAAACGGAGUGGAGGGAAAGGGCGUCUCAUUUGUUGUUUGACCAAUGAUGAUAUGCAGUUUUCAAGAGAGUAUCCAUGCAACAUCAUAUGUGCUGAGCUUCUUAUUUAUUUACCUGUUAUAUGUGAAAUUUCAGCACUGUUGUUGUUUCAAUGUUUCCGUAGCAGCAAGUUUAACCACAUGAAACCACAUGUUUACGAGUGUUGCCGAUUUCCGACGACAUGCCCAAGAUUGUGUGCGAAUGACAGGGUCAUUCACUGAUGUUGCAGGCUGCCAACAUUGCCUAGGUUUUGGAGAGCUGUAAAUUGUAUGCCAGGCUGUAUUUGAUUGAGUGGGCCAACAAAAUGUGACAGGUAAAAUUUUUUUUUUAGUUUGUAUGGGAAUGAUUGCUGUCAUUGCUCCACAUUUUCAUAACAACUGUGUAGUAAAACUAAGCAGCCAUAGCGGUUUCUGGCAGGAUGUGUCUUAAAAAAUUGUUCCCAUAGUAAGUUAACAACUGGCCGAAAAAUUGCCAUCCUCAAAAAAUUAUUUUUGAUUCUCACAGGAUCAAGGGCUGUCGCACACCGUCCCUUGCUUUGUCCACUGUGCUUAGGGCAAUCCUUUGACAUCAAGUAGGCUUGUAGCAAAGGAUCGCCAGAGUUCUUUUAUCAUGAAAUGUUACAAAGGUGACAGAGGAUAUGUAAAGGUUAUGAGCGAUAGAAGAUAAUGCAUUGGUACACAAAUGUUAGGAAAAUAUCUGCAGCACACAUUACACAGGCACAGAAAUUGGACAUGUUUAGCAUGGUGUAAGCAUUGAGCUUACAAGUGGAAAUUUAUUUUCCCGAAAAUAGGUGUAACUGCACACUACGUUAGUAUGACCACAAAGGAAAAACAAACAGAAUGAUACUAUGAAGUUGCAAUCUUGAAGACUCCGGGGAAGAAAUUCAUGCUCACAUUGCUUGUUUACACAAAUGAUGAAAAAACAAAAGCUGUCGUUUGUGCCAUUUCAUGCUAAAAGAACGACAUGCCGCUAGCUAUCCGAUUCUACAUUAUGGCACAACCAGAAGUAACAUUUUAUUUGCCCCAGCAGAACCAUAUGGUUUACUUUCACAGAAGCUUCGUGACUGUGUUCAAGUAGAUGUCCACAGUAGGUCAACUGUCAUCCUUUCUGUUCAUUUGACAAGCUGCUUGUUGCAUUUGCAAUGGUAAACAUUUCGCCUGAAGGAGUCACAGCUCCAGACGGGUUACAUCAACAUGUUGGUGAUUUGCGUUACUCUCUCGACAUUUCCUUUUUUUUUUUUUUUUUUAGUUCCUGUUUAAAUGUGAUCUUUUCACUAUUUGCUACGGAUCUUUUACAUCCGGCUUGCCAAUUAGUGAAAUGAUGAAGAUGCAGAUAUGGAGGCUUUCUGUGAAAGCGCAUAAAAUACCAAGAAACCUGAGCAGUUCUCGCUUUUGCCCGUUGAUGUUAUGCGACUGCAUUUAUUAUUGUGGCUUCAAGUGCAUGCCGACGUGCACAUCACAAAGGCACUUCUCUCAGCCUUCGUGCAAAUUUUCAGCACGCCAAGGCUUUGCCGAGCGAUAUCCGAUGUCCUUUAGUUGCAUUGCAUUCAGCAACUUCGGUAGUUACUGUUUGCAGGAAAAAAUGUUGGCUGAAGAAGCUUACGACAAGAGAAACCUGUGUUGCUAAACUGUUGUCUCGCUGAAAUAAAUUUCUUGAAAGCAUCA